UACAUUUAAUUUCGUCAGAAAUGUACAGUCACGUGUCACAUGUAACAUCAGAAAACCUCAUUGCAUUAUUCAUGUAUCUCGAAUGAUCAUAAUACCUAAUUAUGUCAUCUUUUUAAUUCUUCUUGCUCGUUACUUACGUUAAUAUGAAAAUUAAACCUAACGAUCGUUUACAAGUAUUCAUUAUCCCAAUGACCUCGCAUCAAUGUUAGCACGAUGUUGAUGUUCUGUCCAACCUGUGGCAACAUGCUUCAUGUAGAAGAAGCUUUGUCAGGUUUACGUUUCGCUUGCAACACGUGCCCUUAUGUAUUUAAUAUCGCGAGGAGAGUUAGCAGCCGUACGUAUCCGAAGUUGAAGGAAGUGGACGACGUGUUAGGUGGAAGUGCAGCUUGGGAAAACGUAGAUUCCACGGAGGAACGGUGCCCAAAGUGCUCUCAUCCUCGGGCAUAUUUCAUGCAAAUUCAGACAAGGUCUGCUGACGAACCUAUGACAACGUUUUACAAAUGCUGCAAUCCUCCAUGUGGUCACAAUUGGCGAGACUAAAGGGUCGUUUUGUAUGGGAUGGAAAGAGAAAUAUAAAUACAAAAUUUUUGGGUUCUAUGGGGUGUGCCAUGAAUGCAGCCAUGGAACAACUACAAUACGUAGAAUCAUCUGAAAAACAUUGGAUCUGUAAAGGGAAAAGAAGC